AUGGCACUUUACCGAAGGCGGCGGCCUGUCGUCUGGUUUAUCGGCAUAUUCUACAGCUUGUCUUACAUCACCGCAUUCACCCUGAUUGUCUAUUUGCUUGAAAAGUAUCAUGGUACUAUCUACUACUCGCAAGAAGUGCGGUCGUGUACGGCAGUCUGGGCAUCCAAGCCGGUGGCGGCCAUCUUCUAUGCUCCAAUGGCCUUUGAAACCUUUCUGUUCAGCUUGACAGUAUGGUCUGCUUGGAGAGAUACCAAAGGCAUGCUAGGUUCAUCGAGUACACCCUUCCUCAUAGUCUUCUAUCGAGACGGCGCAGCAUUUUUCCUUGUCGUGACCGGUCUCAGAGCAUGGAACAUCUGGAUCUAUGUGACCCAGACACCAGAUAGCUAUAACAUGGGUACACCGCUAAUGUGGGCCAUCACCGUCAUCCUGACGACCCGCCUGUACAUGAACCUCGUCCAACUUGCUCGCAAGCCACCGCUCACAGUUCUAACAUCAGGACAAGAAGUUGGGCCGAGUAUCGAUAUCGCGAUGCAGCCACGGAGGAAUAUGUUCAGGUCAACCAUGUCCCAUGAAUAUGGUCACCAUUUGAUUUCGACGGAAGUCGGAACAGGCUAUUUGAAUUCCACCUUGGAUGCAAUUCAUGUCCAAGACAACCCGCCGAGUGGCAUUCGCAAGUAG